GAUAGGGACACCCUAAUCACUUUAGCGGUAUGAAAUAUACUUUACGACCUGUUCUCAUACCUACCAAAUAUACAGAAAAAGUUUCAUGACAAUUGGUCAAGCCGUUUCGGAGGAGUUUAACCACAAACACCGUGACACGAGAUUUUUAUAUAUAAGAUAAAUCGGAAACUCAAAAAGCAUAGCGUUCUAUUUGUAGAUCAUAGUGUUUUCGAAAACAAGUUUCAAAAACGCUAACCAAAGAGUAAAUCAAAGAGAAAUGGAAGAAAUAAUGUUACACUAUUGAAAUUGGUGGAUGAGCUGCCUUAAACAAUUGUAAACAAAUACAAACGAUUUUCGAUCAAAAAUGUCGUGGAUAUCAGAUAUUGUUGGGAAAGCUGAAAAUAUAUUAGUUAAAGUUGACGAAAAUGUAGCAACAGCUCUAUUGCAACCAGUAAAUAAGCACAUAUCGGAAAGCGCACAAUCCUUAAUGUCAUUAUCGCCAAUUAAAAUAAAUAUCCCCAGCAAUAAAGCAAACGAAGAAAUAAACAUUGGGGCAGCAACGUUUUCAAAUGCUUCACUCCCUUACGAUGUAGAUGAAAAAUUUCAGCUGACAAUAGGCAAAUCGUCCGAUGAUGCGACUGCUGUUACUAUUAAUAUUAACAAUGACGUCGACCACAACCAACUGCCUACUAGUCUUGUUCCCGAAAAAGAGUUAAGCAUGUCCAUUAAUAGCAUGUCAGGAUUCAUACAACCACCAAUAACUGCAAUAGAACAUACCAAGCUGCUAACUGAAGCAACUGUUACUUCAAGUAUGAACGCAGAAGAGAGUGAAUUACAUAGACGCAUACAGGAGUUGGAUAACUUGACGGAACGACUAACUGAGGAACGUGAUCAGGCACAGCAACGUUUAUAUGAGUGCGAAAAAACAAGUGCUGCAUAUUUGCAUUCCAUGUCACAAUUAGAAUCAAAUUUAGCAAAACUGCAACAAGAUUGUUUUGACGCUUCGGAAAAGAUGCAAAUCCAAGUUAAGGAAACACAAAAAUACGAACAGGAACUGCAGGAAUAUCGAAUAAAAGCACAACGUGCUUUACUAAAUAAAGACAAUCUUAUUGCAGAAUUAAAGUCGAAAGGCUUAACAAGCAGCAAUGAUGGUUUAGGAGUGUCGACAGAGAUUCGUGCGUUACAAAUGGAAUAUGAGGCUUUGAAACAAUCACAUACGCAAGCGCUUGUUGAACAGCAAAAAUUAUUAAUGCAGCUGGAGGAAGCACGCAAAGAUUUGAAUAUGUUUAAUCAAACAAAUACUGAGCAAUUAAAAUUAUUGCAUGAAAAUGAAGAAGCACUUCGCAAAGAAUUGCGAACGGAACGUGAAAAAAUACUAACUUAUGAAUCCGAGCAGCGCGUUUUAACACAAGAAAUGAAUAGUCUAAGACAGCAAUUAAGUAAUCAAUUGGCCGCCACAGCUACGCGCUUGCAGACAAAAGAAAUGGAAUUAGCGCAGUUACGUUCAGAGAAACUUAAUUAUAAAAACGUUGGCACUGUGAGUACGGAAGAUUACAAUAAAGUAAAAACGCUCACACAAGCGCUAGUGGACAAGCAAAACACGUUGGAAGAUAUAACUGCCGAUAGAAAUGCAUUGAAAAUACAGUUAGAAAAAAUACAGGAUAAACUGCAACAAGAAAUUUGUAAAAGCAAUAUUUAUAAAAAUGCAAUGAGAAGUCCUUUGAUUUCGAAUAGUACCGAUGAUGCGAAAGCACAGUUCCCAUCGUUAAUGAGAGAAAGUCCUUUCGAUAGAAGUGUUGCUCGAAGGAUGAAACGUGCUUAUACGACACUUGAUUCGGCUGGUAUACGUUUAGGAGCGUUUCUACGUCGCUAUCCUUUAAUACGUAUUUUUGUGUUACUUUAUGUGGGUCUUUUACACAUAUGGGUCGUCUUCGUACUGCUGUCUUCAACGCCGAAUAACUAACAGUCAUCUAUUAAAAUUAUUGAAACACUAAAUUUGUUGUCUAUUGUGUUUAAAAUUUAAAAAAAACUUGAAUUCUUGACGUGAAAUAUUGUGCGUAUCAGCAUUUAAGAAAUAUACAUAUAUAUUUGAAAACUACUUUAUUAUUUAUGUUAGUUGCAUUUACAAAUGAUUAUAAUAAGUUGAGAAAAAAUUUUUAUUGUUAUGCCGAAUUCUUCUUUAUAAGAGUGGUAUUGUAACUGCUAAAGUAGCACAAAUUAUUAAAUCUACUG